UAUCGUUUAGUAGUGUGCACACAGUGUUUCCGAACGCAGUCUAUGUUGUCCUAAGCGCGGUGAUACUACACAGGUUAUAAUUUGAUGACGGUCACUUGUGAAUAACAAUAUCCAACAAUGAUACUUUCACGAGGAUUAAACGUAUUAAAAAUUGCAUAUAAAACAAAUCAAAAUAAAGUUGCUGCGAUAAAUUUGCAAUCUGUUAGAUCAUGCCACGACUUACCAUGGGCAUAUCGUUCAAUUUGUCCAAUGCAAAAGAAUUAUUUAUAUGCAGCAGAAGCUUUCGGAGGUUUUAUGUGGUGGUGGAUAUUGUGGCAUUUUUGGCAUGACUUUGAUCACAUUGUCGGAGAAUUUCCAUACCCAGAAACAGAUAAAUGGACAGAUGAGGAAUUAGGAAUUCCACCAGAUGAUUACGAUGGAACUACAAUGUGAAUAGCUUAGAAAACUACAUGAGUGUUAUAUAGAAAAAAAAUGUUACUCUUAUAUAUUCCAGAAUAAACUUGUAAAACUUGAUUAAGUAAAAUGAAGUGCAAGUAUAUAUAGUAA